AUGGAGACCCAUUCUAUCCACUGGUUCCGUAAGGGACUCCGGCUUCAUGAUAACCCGGCGCUCAAGGAAGCCCUCCGGGGUGCUAGCACCGUCCGUUGUGUGUACAUCCUCGACCCUUGGUUCGCCGGUUCGUCCAACGUUGGUGUGAACCGCUGGAGGUUCUUGCUUCAGUGCUUAGAAAAUCUAGAUACUAGUCUUGCGGAGCUAAACUCCCGGCUGUUUGUUAUACGUGGGCAACCUGCUGAUGUCUUUCCCAGGCUUUUUAAGGAAUGGAAUAUUAACCGUUUGACAUUCGAAUAUGAUUCUGAGCCAUUUGGUAAAGAACGCGAUGCAGCCAUCAAGAAGCUGGCUAGUGAAGCUGGUGUUGAGGUCAUUGUCAAGAUUUCACACACAUUGUAUGACCUGGAUAGAAUAAUGGAGUUGAAUGGAGGACAACCCCCACUAACAUAUAAACGAUUCCAGACUCUAAUCAGCCAGAUGGAUCCUCCAGAGCCACCAGUGGAAACUAUUAGUGAGAGAAGUCUUGGGAAGUCCACAAUAUUGGUAUUGGAUGAUCAUAAUGAGAAAUAUGGUGUUCCAUCCUUGGAAGAGCUUGGUUUUGAUACCGAAGGUCUGCCUUCUGCUGUGUGGCCAGGUGGGGAAUCAGAGGCUUUAACUCGGCUGGAAAGACAUUUGGAAAGAAAAGCAUGGGUAGCAAACUUUGAAAGGCCCAGAAUGAAUGCCUUAUCAUUAAUGGCAAGUCCUACAGGUCUCAGUCCAUACCUUCGAUUUGGCUGCCUGUCCUGUCGACUCUUCUACUUCAAGCUAACAGAAUUAUAUAAAAAUAUAAAGAAAACAGAUUCACCACCACUGUCUCUCUAUGGCCAGCUUCUGUGGCGUGAGUUUUUCUACACAGCAGCAACAAAUAACCCAUGCUUUGACAAAAUGGAAGGAAAUCCAAUUUGUGUGCGCAUACCUUGGGACAAGAAUCCUGUUUCACUAGCUAAGUGGGCAGAGGGGAAAACUGGCUAUCCAUGGAUUGACGCUAUUAUGACUCAGCUGCGUCAGGAAGGUUGGAUCCACCAUCUAGCCCGACAUGCUGUAGCAUGUUUCCUAACACGUGGAGAUCUCUGGAUCAGUUGGGAAGAAGGAAUGAAGGUAUUUGAAGAGCUGCUUUUGGAUGCUGACUGGAGUGUAAAUGCUGGCAGUUGGAUGUGGCUAUCAUGCAGCUCCUUCUUUCAGCAGUUCUUUCACUGUUAUUGUCCUGUCGGCUUUGGUCGCAGAACAGAUCUCAAUGGUGACUAUGUCAGACGUUACUUGCCAGUUCUUAAAGGAUUUCCUGCAAAGUAUAUCUAUGAUCCAUGGAAUGCUCCUAACUCGGUUCAGGUUGCAGCAAAAUGCAUCAUUGGCAUCCACUAUCCAAAGCCCAUGGUGAUACAUGCAGAAGCCAGUCGCCUUAACAUCGAGAGAAUGAAGCAGAUCUAUCAGCAACUAUCACGCUACAGGGGACUUGGUCUUCUCGCCUCAGUGCCUUCAAACCAAAAUGGAAGCGGAGGAACUGUGUACUGUCUGGGAGAUCAAAUAACUGAGAAUAAUGGCAUUGUUCAAACCCACACCAGUGGAGGAAUGGUUGGCAAACGCGAAUUGGAACGUGAUACAGCUGUCAGUGAUGACAUGGAAUCUUUAGCGCAAAAAGUCCGGCGACAGUGUGAUGAAUUGACAGCAGAGACCAGACAGUCAGAGCUGUCAAUCAAGUGUUGUCCAUUAGGAUUAGGUUUUUCAACAGACUAA